AUGCCUUUCCCUCUGUACCUUCUACCUAGUAUUCCCUUCCGUCGCCGUCGCUCAUCAGCGACAACCACUUCUACAAGCUCACAGCCAAACUCCCCUUCAAGUUCUCCUUCUCAGCCCUCAUUUCUGGGCUCUAAUUUACCUACCUCGCACCUCCGCUGCCAGAAGUGCUUAGCCGAUCUCAUCCCGACAUCUUCCAUAAUCUCAAAGGGUUUCACUGGUCGCCAUGGGCGUGCAUACCUAGUUGCUCCACCACCACCGUCGGCCAUUUACCCAUACAACACAGUCACGAUUGCAGACGAGGUCAUGCGAGUAGGUGAUUUGCCCAACGUUAACACGCACUCCUCCGUACCGAGACAACUCGUCACCGGUGCACACACCGUCUCGGACAUCAGCUGCAAAUCCUGCGGAACGGUAAUCGGCUGGAAGUACGUUGACGCCGAAGAGGACAGUCAAAAGUACAAGGUCGGCAAGUUCAUCCUCGAAACCAGAAGGAUCGUCAAAUCCGUGGAUUGGGAGGAUGGUGCGGUGGACGAGGCUGCGGACGGAACUGUCGCAACGUCGAAAAAUGAUGAGGAGAUUGAGUUCGAUAGCCAGGACGAGGACGAAUGCGAGGAUUUAUUCGCUGGUAUUUGGACCCCUGCACUUGCAAGGAGGAGACGAAAGAAUCGCGCUUUUCGGGAUGAUGAGUAG